GUAAAUCACAUACUGAGACGCGUGUUUGGUGUGGUUGUGUGAACUCUGUGGCACAGUGUGCUGAAAUGAUUGAGUGUGAGGGAGAGGGAGCAGAGGACUUCCCUCCUCCUCUGCCCGCACACAUCUGCAGCCCAGGAGAUGGGACGCUGAUCCACAGAGGAGAACUUCAUGCCUCGGAGAUCAGUCCUCACGGAAUGGCUCGCUGGGCCACAGUGUGCUGAGGGACGAGGUGAAAGGAAAACUCCAUCUGGAGACUAUUGAUGGUUUGCCUGAUGCUGUCUCUGAACUUUGGACUGAUGACCCGGUGCCGGUGCAGGCAGGUCCUGCUCGGGCUGGAGCUGGGCCUGCUGAUUGCGGUCCUGGUGGUCGGCACUGCAGGACAGACCCGCGACAGGAGGGAGGCAGGGUCGUCCUGCUAUGGAGGGUUUGACCUCUACUUUGUUUUGGACAAGUCUGGCAGUGUCCAGCAUUACUGGAAUGAGAUUUAUUACUUUGUGGACCACUUGGCACACAAGUUCAUCAGUCCUCAGCUGCGGAUGUCCUUUAUUGUGUUUUCAAGGGAAGGAAGGACUCUCAUGCCACUAACAGAAGACAGAGAGCAGAUUCGAAUCAAGCUGGAGCAGCUACGUAUGGUGCAGCCGGGCGGAGACACCUACAUGCACAAAGGUUUUGAAAGAGCCAGUGAGCAAAUCUACUACGGAACUGGAGACGGUUACCGGACGGCGAGUGUCAUCAUCGCCCUGACAGAUGGUGAACUGAGAGAAAACCAGUUUGACUUGGCACAGAGAGAGGCCGGCCGAGCACGCCAGCUGGGUGCCACUGUUUACUGUGUGGGAGUGAAAGACUUCAAUGAAACCCAGCUUUCAACGAUAGCAGACAGUCGGGACCAUGUCUUCCCUGUGAAUGACGGGUUUCAGGCUCUACAAGGGGUCAUCGACUCGAUCCUGAAGAGAUCCUGCAUUGAGAUCCUGGCUGUCGAGCCGUCCAGCAUCUGUGAAGGAGAAUCCUUUCAGGUCGUAGUCAAAGGAAACGGUUUCCUUCACGCUCGAGACGUACAGAAGGUUCUCUGCAGCUUCCGCAUCAAUGACACGGUUACUAUGAUGAAAAGACCCCUGGUGGUGAGGGAUACCUACCUUUUGUGCCCAGCUCCUGUUCUGGAAAAAGAGGGAACGUCGGCCACUCUGCACGUCAGCAUGAACAACGGCCUGAGCUUCAUAUCCAGCUCCGUCACAAUCACUGCAGUCACGUGUUCGGACGGGAAGUUUGUGGCCAUCGCUCUUCUCAUCCUGAUGCUGCUGCUCAUCAUCCUCCUGCUGUGGUGGUUCUGGCCCCUCUGCUGCACCGUGGUCAUUCACGAGCCACCUCCUCCAGAGAUAGACGACAGCUCUGAUGAUGAGGACGGUUUUCCCAAGAAGAGGUGGCCCACUGUGGACGCGUCAUACUACGGAGGACGUGGAGUCGGAGGCAUCAAGAGAAUGGAGGUGCGCUGGGGAGAUAAAGGCUCCACCGAGGAAGGAGCCAAACUGGAAAAGGCUAAAAACGCUCGAGUUGUGAUGCCUGAGGAGGAGUUUGAUUUUGAGCCACAGAGGCCGUACCACACACACAAAUCUGCUCGGUCCCAGAAGUGGUAUUCUCCCAUCAAGGGCAAACUGGACGCUCUGUGUGUGUUUCUGAGGCGAGGCUAUGACAGAGUGUCUGUGAUGCGUCCUCAUCCCGGAGACAAGGGCAAAUGCAUAAACUUCACCCGCACCAAGUCCUACCCAGCUCCUCGCUACCCCAUCUACAACCAUCCGUCCACGCCUGUCUACACUCUGCCCCACGCGUACCAGCGUCGUCCAUCAGAGGGCAGCCACUUCUUCGAUUUGCCCCCCUCGCCAACUUCAACGCUCCCGCCCCUGCCGUCCACUCCUCCCCCGUCCUCCUCCAGCCCUCCCAUGUACACGCCGCCCCCGAACAGAGCCCUGCCCCCCGGCAACGCAGGCCCUGACUCUGCACCUCCGUCCCCUACUGGCUCCCUGCCACCUCCACCUCAGGGGCCUCCUCCUUGCAGGGCGCCUCCUCCGUCACGGCCUCCUCCACGCCCCAACCAGGAGAACCACUGAUGAUGGAGACAGAGAGAAGAGGAGCAGGGUGCAAGCUCAGGAUGGAAAACUGAACGGACCCUUUCACUGUGUCUCUGUUUAAAUACGUUACAAACAGAGGAAGAAUUGAAGUGACUGUAUAUAAUGUUGAUUCAGCUGCACAGUGAACAAUCUGUUUUCCUCAACAUGUGUCUCACACCUUAUGUGCUAUGAACUAGGACUUUUCUUCAAGUCUACGAAGUGGAUAUUUAGUGUGGUAAGCACAGCUUUGGCUAUUAAUUGCUAUUGUCGCUAAGCAACCGGUGAUUGAGAAACUAAAUGAAAUGAUGCUGAAUUGGUCCAGAAUUACAAUUUGCUAUGGAGAUGUAUAAACUUGCAUUCAAGCCUUUACCUGAUAUGAAUUAUUUAUCUAAAAUUAUGUUUCACUGUUUUGCCUCUUGAAAAAUGUUGAUUUGAAAAACCCAGUGACUCCAUGUAUUUGCAUGCACGGCUGUCUGGUAAGUGCCGUCUUAAAAACUGUACAUCUUGUAAAUGAAAUCACAAAAUUGACCAUAUAUGUAUAAAUACAUGAUGUUUAUAUAUAUAGAUUUGAUGUCCGAUGCUUGUGGACGCUGGCAUUUUUUUUACAACGAAAGUAAAUACGAAUAUUUACUAAAACGAUUUAGAUUAAUACACAAGUGCACAACUCAGAAGAGCUUUCUACAGAGACCUUUCACUCUAAAUGUAAUUAUCACUUUUAAUGAAUCAUUUUUACUGAUUGAUUUAUAAGAAUGAAAUAAAAAUUUCAACAAUC